AAUUAAUUAACAAACUAUCAGAAAUCCAUAUUUGACAAUUUUUAAUCGAUAAAUAAAGGAUUCAUUAAAAUUGUAACUUAUUUAUAAAUUAAGAAAAAUGGUCAUUAAAUAUUUGAUCGCAAUUAUCAUUUGCAUUAAUUACGGCCAACUAUUGGCACAAUACCAAUACUUGGGCGUUAAGCAAGUGAACCAAAUGGAGGCGCCGAGUCUUGAGUCGGCCGGAUAUGGGAUACCAAUGAGUAAUAACAUAGACGACGGCGAGACGGGAGGGCCCAGAAUGCGAUCUCUUGGACAACGACGACAACAACAACAGCGACCACAACAGCGAUCAAUGGACGACGGCUUCGGUGAGUAUAAGAAAGACUGCGGGUGGAGAGAUGUGCCGCACAUGAGAAGUCUGGAUCCGCCCAAGACUUGUAAGAAAAAGCUUCAGUUCAGGAGUUUAGACGCGAAUCUCGUGACGCCAAACAUAAAGAUGAUUAACCGUAAGAAAGAGGAGUCCGAGUGUAAAAUCGUCCGACGCGUCGGUUUGAAGCCAACGGAUGUCAAGUCUAUGGAAAAGGAUCUCAAACCCAAUCGCAAAGAAACGAUCGAGACCUACACCGAGGUAUACGUCGUGACCAGCAUUAAGACCAUAACGAAGACCAGACGCCGUGUGUUUAUGCAGAAGCGAAAGAUUGUUAACCAGCGUAUGAAUCGUCCGAUUAUGAUAAUCAGACGGAAGAUCAUUAAAGAGAGACAAGUGUUUGAGAGGAUUGUUCCCAAAGUGAUCGAAACGCGAGAAAUCAUUCACAAACCGACCGUCGAGUCGAAGAUAGUUGAGGGACCCAUAUAUGAGAUCGAUAGAGAACAGCACGUGAGGGCACGUAUGUUAGAGCCCACUCCUCCCUGUCCUGAAGUCGAGUUCGACCCCAACGUCGAGACCCUCGAGAGUGUGGACGCGGACGCCGCCUCCGGCGGACAAAACAAUGGUUACCUUCAGAAAUGAGUUUAUGACAUGUCUUGUGUUAUAUUCCUG